AUGAUGUUAUCGGAAAUGAUGCUACCUGAAAAGCAAGGUAAACAGGCACUGGAAAAUAAGGAACCACCGGAAAAUAAGGAACCGCUGGAAAACAAGGAACUGAUGGAAAAUAAGGAACCGCUGGAAAACAAGGAACCACCAGAAAAUAAGGAACCGCUAGAAAAUAAGGAACCUCCAGAAUAUAAACCACCGGAAAAUAAGGACCCACCAGAAAAUAAGCCACCGGAAAAUAAGGUGGAUACUCCUGCUAAUGAGAAGAAUGGCAAUUAUUAUAAAGAUAUAAAACAAUAUGUGUUCACAACGCAAAAUGUAAAUGGCAGCCAGUCUGAAAUAUCUGUGAGAGCAACAACCGAUUUGCAAUUUGCUCUAAGAAACUGACGAACCAACCAUCCAAAUGAGCCUGCAUUUUGGACAAUGUUAGCUAAAGCUUUAAAUGCAACACCAACAGCUGAGGAGCUUGAGGAAAAAGAUCAAUUAUUUCACCCAAUUCCACACUCUGAUUUGAAUGCCAUAAAUGAAGAUAACAUGACACAGCUACAGGAAAUCAAGUUAAAAUUAAUGCUGGGCAUCUCCCUGAUGACCCUCUUCCUUUUUGUCAUCAUCUUGGCCAUCAGCAGUGCCUUGCUGUACAAGGUGAAGACAAUGAGUUAUAAAAGUCCAGUUCUAACCGAAUACUCCGUCAACCCAGAGCUGGCAACUCUGUCUUACUUCCACCCGUCAGAAGGUGUAUCAGACACAUCUUUUUCUAAGAGUGCUGACAGCAGCACAUUUUGGGGUACUACAUCUUCAGAAUUGAAAAAAGAAGACACAUUGUCAAAAUCUAGAACAACGGACAUGAUUUCCACAGCCUCAGAUGAUACAGGCAUGAAUGAUGAGUCAGAUUUAAUUCAGAGUGAGGAACCAAGUGAAGAAACUCCCACAGAUUGA